AACCCAGAUGCUUUAGCAGGCAUGAUUCUUCCACAAAUUCUAAUCCUGGAGGGGAGGCAGGACACAGGAAGGAACAAUAUGAUGCUAAUGUGCUUUCCUGUGGGCAUUACAAAAUACAGGGGUUCUUUUGGAGGACUUUGUAUCUAUGCAAGGAGGAAGGGUUUCAAGGGAGGAACAAGGACUAGGGACCCAGAUUAAAAAGCUUAUUGUGGGAGUGCUAAACAGGAGAUGAAAGUAGACUCACCCGAACUGUGGGACAUAUUUCUCUGUGUCUGUGUUGUGGCCAAGAAGGAGCUGGUACCUAAGAUGCAGAGCAGAGACUGUGCUUGCCACAUCUCCAAGAUGCAGCAAGGCAUGGAGGCAUGCAGAAUUUUGUGUUCUAACUUUGGUCAGCAAUGGCCCUUUAAGGCUGAGCAAGGCAUGCAGCAUGGAUGCUGCCCAGUCCAAACCCAGCAGCCACGUGAACUCUCCCCAGGUGGGCAGUGCCAGGCUGGCACAGCAAAGCCUCCCUCCCCUGCCCUGGUGACAGAGGGAAUCUGAUUGAACUUGCUGGCUCGCACUCACUCUGCCCCCAUUUUCCUCAGGACAAAUGAAAAGAACCUGUCUCCAAGUGCAAGAUUUUGGGAAUAUGUGUCAGAGAUGCCUGAAAGUAAAACAUCCGUCUUGCCCUAAUUUCUGCAUGAAGUGCUGCAAUGUCAAGUGAAAUAACCUUCCAAGCUGGCUCUGGUGCAGAGGUAUUUUGGCUUAUGUUAUUGCUGAGAGCUUUCUCUCUGAUGAGCUCUUUCUGCCUUUCUCUGUUUCUGAUAUCUGACUCUCUUCACUCAUUUUUUCCCUUGGGCUGGGAUGUGUGCUGUUUGUAAUGCAUCAAGAAGUAAUACGCGAUGAGGAAACUCUCAUCAUCUGUGCAUCAGGGAGAGAAUUACUGACUGAGUGCUGAGCAGUCAAGUUAUUGAUUCAAACCAAAGCCCAGUCUCUCUGUCUGCUGGGCUGGUUACGUCCUUCUGGUUCAUUGCAUUUAAUCGGAUUCCCUGAGCUGCCACACAGAAGGGGAGAGUUAGAAGCAGAUUCAUCUAUAAUGUUCUCUUCAAAAUCCAGUUCGGUAUCCCCUUCUCCGUCCAUGGAACAGGCAGAUUCAGAUGCUCUGGACAUCAGCACCAAAGUGCAGCUGUAUGGCGUGCUCUGGAAGAGACCCUUUGGGAGGCAGUCAGCCAAAUGGUCCAGGAGGUUCUUCAUAAUUAAGGAAAGUUUUCUGCUUUACUAUGCUGAGAGUGAGAAGAAGAGUUUUGAAAGCAAUAAAUACUUCAAUAUCCACCCCAAGGGUGUCAUACCCCUGGGAGGCUGCAUCGUGGAGCCCAAAGAAGAGGCCAACAUGCCUUAUGCCAUAAAAAUCUCUCAUGAAGACUUCCAUGGUAACAUUGUUCUAGCAGCUGAAUCAGAGUUUGAGCAGGCUCAGUGGCUGGAGAUGCUACAGGAGUCUGGAAAAGUGACAUGGAAGAAUGCCCAGCUGGGAGAGGCUAUGAUUGAGAGCCUGGAAGCCCAAGGACUGCAGCUGGCCAAGGAGAAACAGGAGUAUUUAGAUAAGCUAAUGGAGGAAACAGAAGAGCUAUGUCUGCAAAGGGAGCAAAAAGAGGAACUCGAGCGCCUGAACCAGAUGCUGGAAGCAGAGAAGCAGCAGUUUGAAGAGGUGGUGCGGGAGCUGCGGCUGGAGCAGGAGGAGAUCAGACGGGAGCUAGAGCUCACAGCCCGCUCCCUUAAAGGAGUGGAGGAAGAAAAGAAAGAGUUGCGAAGCCUGACGCAGUCCUUACAGAACACCCUGGAGGAGCUCUCCCUGGAAAAGCAGCAAAUGCUGGAGAUGCUGGAAGAAAAUGAGAACCAGGUCCCACCUCCAACCAGCCCCAGCAAAGAGCAAAACCCCAUCUGGGGACUGCACUGCAGCCUGCGACAGAUUGAAGAGAAGAUGCAGCAACUUCUGCAGGAGAAACUCCAGGCAGAGAAGAGGAUGAAGGAGAAUGAGGAGCGGUCCCGAGCACUGGAGGAGGAGCGGGAGUUUUACUCUUCCCAGUCCCAAGCACUGCAGAACUCACUGUCAGAGCUGACUGCAGAGAAACAGCAGGCAGAGAGAGACCUCAAGGCUGAGGUGAAGGUACGCAUGGAUCUAGAGAAGAGACUGAGAGAAGCUGAGGAAGCAUUGCAGAGCUUGGAGCAAGGCUUAAAUUCUCUGCAUUGCAACAAGGAGAAAGAGGAAAAGAUGAAAGCAGAUGUCAGUAACUUGAGAAAGUUCUUUGAAGAGUGCAUCCGCAAUGCCGAGCUGGAGGCCAAGAUGCCUGUGAUCAUGAAGAACUCCGUGUACAUCCACAAGGCUGCCACUCGUCGCAUAAAGAGCUGCCGCUUCCGCUGCCGGAGAACCAGUACUUCAUGGAAUGACAUGAAGCAGUCCCAGUCCUUCAUCUUCUCGCAUGCUGAAGCUGAAAACAUUGAAGAGCUGAAAGAAGCAGCCAAAAGACUGAGCCGGGACCAGCGCUUCAGGAAAACUAUCUAUCAAAUCAUGAGGUCACAAAAGGAUUCUGCUUCAGGGGACAAAAAGUGACUCUUCUUGGGAGGGGGCUUCUGAGCUCAACUUGCCAUUCAGCUCCGCAAAAGUCAUGCCCUUGGGCACUAGGGUCAGAAGGGAGAUUUACCCUUUGGUGGGGAAACUGGGGAUAAGUUGUGUGUAGGCAAUCCCCUCAGUUAGUGGCUUUGCUUUCAUUUGAAUGCUCCUUGUAGCCUGGCAGGCCUUCUCUACUGAUCACUCCAGAUCUGUUUGCUUCAGCUGCUUACUUAAGGCGUGUUUUGCCAAGAUGCCACAGUCAGUGUUAAAGUAAACCACAGACCAUAGGUUAAGAAAGGCCUCUUCUUUCCUUUCCUAUCUAGUCUGUCUGCCAAACACAAAUGCUUCUGAGAAAGCCCUUUAUCAGCCUAUGUUCCAGCUAGUGUAACCUCCCCAGCUGGACACAGCUUACCCCUUUCUGCCUGAUCCCCUCUAGGAAAGGGCUUGCUUCGUACCCCCAGUCAAUCAGCACUUCGGUGGGAUACAGGCUGAAAACUGCAGCAGUCCCAGUGUCCCAAGCACAGGCAAAAAUAUCAAACACAGGGCAACUUCUUGUCUUGAUGCUACAUCAUUUCAAGCAAACAGCAGCAACACAAGGUGAAGACAACCUGAGGAUGCUGAGGAUUUGGCUCCAAGGAGGAUCAUGUACAGAGAAGAGCUUAUAGGUAACUCAGUGGCAUGGAUGCAAGCUGGAGGGAGGGUUGUGUUGUGUUGACUGUGGGCAGAACAUUUUGGGGCCACCUUUGCAUAUUUUUUGCACUGGGACAUCUAGCUGUGUUGGAACAGAUAUGUGCUGCAAAUGUUAUUUAUAGGCAGCAUCAGUGUAGAGAAGCCCUUGACUCAGUCCUGAUAGUUUCAUCAACACCUCUGUAAAACAAGUGGGAGGGCAGGAAAGUGAGGACUGUCCAGCAACAAAACCCACUACCACUUCAAGAAUUAAACAUUGUCAGCAGCAAACUCCUACAGGGCUGUGGAGGUGGGGAAAGUCACCAGAGGAGAAGGGUUGAUGCUGGGUGGAGGAGCAUACUGUGAGGGUGUGAUGCUCCUGAGUGGAGUCACUCUGGUGUGACCAGAGGAAAAGCAUUGAAAGCACAGCCUGUACUUUCCAUUUCAGUCGGUCACUGACCAGUAUCCUUCUGCCAGGCAAUGGGAGGUUUUAAAGAAUCAGAAGAUCCAGCACUGAAGGCUGACAUUUUUGUGAUGAUUGACAAGUGAUGUGGUAAGAAUUUCCAACCUUCCUUAGCAUACCUGAUCCUUCUGUGUUGUUUCCACUUGUGCUUGUGUGCUAGAAAGCCACAAAUGAAUUCUGGCUCCUACAAGGCUGAAGGGCUGUGAGAAAACAAUACAGAGCUGGUCUUCCCCUUUAUGCUGUUCUCACAUCAUCUCUAGCUAUUUUCCAGUUACAAUAUCUAUAUUAUAUGAUGCUGGUAGGGACAGAAUAAAGGACAGCCAGGGAAUGUAUCUGUAAUUCAGGCAGUUAGGAAAAUCAUCUUGUGGGUUGGAAUGCAGGACCUUUGUUCUAUUACCAUCAAAGCCACAAUAUCAGACCUUACAGAAGUAUUGUACGCAGGAGGUAGCCACAUCAGGUCUUCCUUAACUGUGCAUAUUGACAGCAAUAAAUAAAUAAAAGUUAUGCUGACACCAGAAUGAAUUCCUGUGUGUUCUUGAUACACUGUCACUGAAAUGAUGUUAAAUUGUCUC